AGGAAAAACCGUCAGAAAUGUGUUAACUUUACAUGUGUCCUACAUAGAUACAUUUCGACUAAUUUCCAACAAAGAUGUUGAUCGUUAAUGGCUGCCAUGUUUAAUCAUCCAUGGCCUAAUUUAACCCUAAUUUUCUUCUUCUUCAUCGUCGUUUUACCAUUCCAUUCUUUUUCUCAGUUUGAUUCUCCACAAAAUAUCGAAACUUUCUUCCCAAUCUCCUCACUCUCACCUGUUCCACCACCGCUUCUUCCACCGUCGUCAAACCGAUCUCCGCAGUCAAAUAAUUCAUCUUCUGAUAGAAAAACAAUCACAAAAGCUGUUCUUAUAACAGCAGCAAGCACUAUACUUGUAGCUGGAGUUUUCUUCUUCUGUCUUCAAAAAUGUAUCAUCGCACGACGGAGGAGAGACAGAGUCGGGCCAGUCAACGUCGAAAACACUCUACCACCGUAUCCUCCUCCUCCGAUGACGUCGGCGGCGGUUACGACGACGGCUUUGGCUAGAGAAGGUUUCACGCGGUUUGGUGUUGUGAAAGGUUUGAUUCUUGAUGAGAAUGGUCUUGAUGUGUUGUAUUGGAGAAAGCUACAGAGUCAGAGAGAGAGAAGUGGAAGCUUCAAGAAACAGAUCAUCACCGGAGAAGAAGAGGACAAAGAAGUGAUUUAUUACAAGAACAAGAAGAAAACAGAGCACGUUACAGAGAUUCCUCUUCUUAGAGGAAGAUCUUCUACUUCUCAUAGUGUAAUUCAUAACGAAGAUCAUCAGACGCCUCCACCGCCACCGCCAAUUCCGGUGAAACAGAGUGAACCAGCACCACCACCACUGUCAAUUCCGGUGAAACAGAGUGCACCAACGCCACCGCCUCCUCCUCCGAUUAAGAAGGGUUCUUCUCCAUCGCCGCCACCACCUCCACCGGUGAAAAAGGUCGGAGCUUUAUCAUCAUCAGCUUCGAAACCACCGCCUGCGCCGGUUAGAGGAACAAGUGGAGGAGAGAGUUCGAAACAAGUAAAGCUGAAGCCUUUACAUUGGGAUAAAGUAAACCCUGAUUCUGAUCAUUCAAUGGUUUGGGACAAAAUCGAUCGUGGAUCAUUCAGUUUCGAUGGCGAUUUAAUGGAAGCCCUGUUUGGAUACGUUGCCGUGGGGAAGAAAUCACCAGAACACUUCGAUGAUAAAAACCCUAAAUCAACGCAAAUCUUCAUACUUGAUCCGAGAAAGUCUCAAAACACAGCGAUUGUGCUUAAAUCAUUAGGUAUGACACGUGAAGAGCUUGUUGAAGCACUCAUGGAAGGAAACGAUUUUGUGCCAGACACGCUUGAGAGGUUAGCUAGAAUAGCUCCGACUAAAGAAGAACAAUCAGCGAUUCUUGAAUUCGAAGGCGACACGGCAAAACUCGCUGAUGCGGAAUCGUUUUUGUUUCAUCUUCUUAAAUCUGUGCCAACCGCGUUUACUAGACUAAACGCGUUUCUCUUUAGAGCUAAUUAUUAUCCUGAAAUGGCUCAUCAUGGAAAAUGUCUACAAACGUUGGAUUUGGCUUGUAAAGAGCUGAGAUCUCGUGGCUUGUUUGUGAAGCUUUUGGAGGCAAUACUUAAAGCUGGAAACAGAAUGAAUGUGGGUACCGCGAGAGGAAACGCUCAAGCGUUUAAUCUAACCGCGCUUUUGAAACUUUCGGAUGUUAAAAGUGUUGAUGGGAAGACUACUUUGCUUAACUUUGUAGUGGAGGAAGUUGUUAGAUCGGAAGGAAAACGUUGUGUUAUGAAUAGAAGAAGCCAUAGCUUAACACGAAGCGGCAGUAGUAACAACAAUGGUGGUAAUAGUCCUCAGGUUAUGUCGAAAGAAGAGCAAGAGAAAGAGUAUUUGAAGCUUGGUUUGCCAAUUGUUGGAGGAUUGAGCUCUGAGUUUUCAAACGUCAAGAAAGCUGCUAGUGUAGACUAUGACACGGUUGUUGCAACUUGCUCUGCUCUAGCGGUUAAAGCAAGAGACGCGAAAUCUGUGAUUGCAGAAUGUGAAGAUGGAGAAGGAGGGAGGUUUGUGAAGAAGAUGAUGUUGUUUCUUGAUUCAGUAGAGGAUGAAGUGAAAAUGGCGAAAGAUGAAGAGAGGAAAGUAAUAGAGCUUGUGAAACGUACAACGGAUUAUUAUCAAGCAGGAGCUGUUACAAAGGGGAAGAAUCCACUUCAUUUAUUUGUUAUUGUUAGAGAUUUUCUUGCCAUGGUUGAUAAAGUAUGCUUAGAGAUUAUGCGGAAUAUGCAGAGGAGAAAGAUUGGGAGUCCGGUAUCGCCUUCUUCGCAGCGGAAUGCGGUGAAAUUCCCGGUUUUGCCUCCAAAUUUCAUGUCGGUCAGAGCCUGGAAUGAUUCCGGUGGGUCGGAUUCCGAUAUGUGAGAGUCCAGAUUUGUUAUAUGUAAAUACUACUAAAUAGUAGAAUCAUUUUGGGUACAAUUUGUUCCUUAUAAUUAAACAAUUUUGCUUGAA